AUGGUGCAGAAAAUGAGCCACACGGAGAGCACCUCCGAGGCGCUCUCCUUCUUCACCGGGGACUCGGGCUCCGACUCCGGGGCGUGCAUGGACCUGGACCCGGCCGCCUCGCCGCUCUCCCCGGGCUCCUCCACCGCCGGCGACAAGCUGGGAGACAACCCGGCGUGGUGCAAAACCCCCAGCGGCCACAUCAAGAGACCCAUGAACGCCUUCAUGGUGUGGUCGCAGAUCGAGAGGAGGAAGAUCAUGGAGCAGUCCCCGGAUAUGCACAACGCCGAGAUCUCCAAGCGGCUGGGGAAGCGGUGGAAGCUGCUGCGAGACAGCGACAAGAUCCCCUUCAUCAGAGAGGCGGAGCGGCUCCGCCUGAAGCACAUGGCGGACUAUCCCGACUACAAGUACCGGCCCAGGAAGAAAGUCAAAUCCGGCGCCUCAAAGCCCGGCAGCAGCGGCGACAGGGGGGACAAAGUUACCAGUAGCAACACCAGCACUAAGACCUCCUCAUCCUCGAGGAAGAGCGGUUCCAAAUCACCCAGCAGCAGCAGCAGCAGCAGCAAGCCCCACAAAUCACUGUUCGGGAGCAGCACCAAAGCAUCCCCGUUCUCCUCGGAGCAGCCGGCGGACCACAGCCCGCUCUUCAAGUCCAAGUCCUCCGCCGCCAAGCAGAUCCCGGACGGGAAGAAGAAGCGGGUCUACGUGUUCGGCAGCGGCGCGGCCAGCCUGAGCAUCAGCCCGGGCUCGGCCGUCACGGUGCCGGCCAGCCCGACGCUCAGCACCUCCGCCGACUCCAGCGACUAGGACGUCAACCCGAGCCCGAGUUACGACAGCAUGUCGCUGGGGAGCUUCGGCUCCUCCGUGCUGGACAGAGACUGGGACUUGAACUGCGAGUCCAUCUCUGGGGGGUCCCACUUCGAGUUCCCCGACUACUGCACGCCCGAAGUCAGUGAGAUGAUUUCCGGGGAUUGGCUGGAGUCCACCAUCUCCAACCUGGUGUUCACGUACUGA